UAACACCGUAUAGCUACAGUAUAAACACCGUGUAGAGAUAAAGAGAUGAAGUGGUUCUCUCACGUUUGUCUAAAACCCUCCACCAAUAACAUGCUUUGGACCGAAAGCAACGAUUGGACCAUCCGGUUGUCGGUGUCACCGAGCCGCCACCCUGCCCUCGUCUUCAGCACCAGAACACCGCUGAUGUGAGAGUUUCAGACUGUGUAAAAGCAUGCAACGCCUUACUGGUGAAGAACACUCUGACAUCAUAAACAAGAUUAAAUGUGUUUUAUCAGUGUGAGUCAAUCCCGUUUGACGCAAACUCAUGAAGGUGAUUUCAUCCAGAGGACUCAGGUGAGGCUGGAUUAGACUCAUUUCUCUCCUCCAGGUCUAAUUUAAUCUCCAAUCCCGUUUCCUCUCCCUGAAAACCCUCUGAGCCCCGCCACGUGCCCUGCAGGUGUUCCCAGAUCUGCCGUAAUCAGAGCAGGUGCCGGCUUUUUCAUUGUCCCACUGAGAAAAUCCUGAUUACUGAUGGAAGUGUGUGUGUGUGUGCGCGUGCGUGUGUGUGUGUGUGUGUGUGGGUGGCUGUUUGUAGGUUAGCGAAAGAUUGCUGUUGCUGUAGAUAAGAGGAUUAGAGUGGAAUUAGUGUCAUUCCUCUAUCGCCGCGAGGAAUGGAUUCAUAUCGAUUUUAAUCAGAGAGAGAAGCAGCCAACUGGAGACAAAGCAGACGGAUUCAGAGGAGAGGACAGGGAUGAGCUGACGGGGAGGAAGGAGGGAAGAAGGUUCCUGCAGGACGCUGCUGCUGGAUGCUGAGGAGCUGCUGUAACUCCAGCUGAGAGGAGAAACUUCCAGGAUUCCCUCAUGUCUUUGCUCUGGUGACAUCCCAGAGCUGAGGAGGAGGAACCGUCCAGCCGGAGCGGGAAUGCCGAGCCAGAACCUUUAAGCCUUCAUCCUGGAUGGUCUGACUGCCGAGUCCUGGAGGUGGAGCAGCUGCGGCGGGGAUGCUGCGGUCGCCUCGGCUUUGGCAGGCAGACCCUUGAAACAUGAAAGUGGAUGCUCUGACUUGCCUUGCUCUGGUCACUUUUGUUGCCGUGGUGACCGAUGGUCGCUCGAGUCGCAGGAGGCACAAGGAGGUCUUCCUCGGGGAAAACAGCAGGUUCAAGUUCGGAGGGAGGAUCGAUUACAAGCUGAAGAGGCAGGACAGCACCAAGACCCUGCUGAUCAAAAGUGAACAACUGCUGAGGAUCGAGGAGCACGACUUCGCCAUCAGACCUGGCUUUGGAGCUGCAGCCAUCCCCGUGGGCAUCGAUGUGCAGGUGGAGAGCAUCGACAGUAUCUCAGAGGUCAACAUGGACUUCACCAUGACCCUCUACCUGCGGCACUACUGGAAGGACGAGCGGCUGUCCUUUCCGUCUCACAGCAACAAGAGCCGGACGUUCGACUCCCGGCUGGUGAAGAAGAUCUGGGUCCCCGACGUCUUCUUCGUCCACUCCAAACGCUCCUUCAUCCACGACACCACCACUGAGAACAUCAUGCUGCGGGUCUACCCCGAUGGAAACAUUCUCUAUAGUGUCAGGGCCACGGUGACGGCUCUCUGCUCGAUGGACUUCAGUAGUUUUCCUCUGGACACUCAGAACUGCUCGUUGGAGCUUGAAAGCUGUGAGACAGAAAUACACACUGUGUGUGUGGAUGCUUACAACGAGAACGACUUGAUGCUUUACUGGAAGAACGGGAACGACUCUCUGAGGACGGAUGAGAUCGUCUUGUCUCAGUUCUUCAUCGAACAUUUCCACGCCUCCAGCGGCCUCGCCUUCUACAGCAGCACCGGUUGGUACAAUCGUCUCUUCAUAAACUUCAUCCUGCGGCGGCACAUCUUCUUCUUCAUGCUGCAAACCUACUUCCCCACCAUGCUGAUGGUCGUCCUCUCCUGGGUCUCCUUCUGGAUUGACAGGAGGGCCGUUCCUGCUCGGGUGUCUCUGGGUAUGACCACGGUGCUCACCAUGUCCACCAUCAUCACCGGGGUGUCCUCGUCCAUGCCUCAGGUCUCGUACGUGAAAGCGGUGGACAUUUACCUGUGGACCAGCUUCCUGUUUGUCUUCCUGUCUGUGAUCGAAUACGCCGCCGUGAACUACUGCACCACCCUGGAGGAGAUGAGGAAGAUGAAGGGGGGCAAGAUCCCCUCCGCCUUUAACGCCAGCCAAGCAAUGGCCUUCGACGGAUGUUUCCAUGACGACGACAUUGAUCUGACCACGUUCCAUGGGAUGGCGCCCACGCUGACCUCCAACCCCCUGAACACGCCGAGCCAGAACUCGGACCUGCGUCCCACGGAGGGGACCCGGCUGCGCCGGCAGCGCUCGGUGCGUGAGAACGUGGACCUGCUGGUCAGUAACAGCUACAUGAUCGACUCGUACUCGCGCCUGGCCUUCCCGCUGGCCUACCUGCUCUUCAACACCAUCUACUGGAGCCUGUACUCCUGAUCCGACCCGCCCGUGGAGCCUCUGGUCCCAGCGCCAGGGGCCCAGACGACCCAGAGGCUCGUCCGCUCAGGAGAGACUGAUGAAAGCUCCUGAGUCCAUCAGACUGUUUCAGCCACACUUUGGUUUUACAUCCUGAGGUUACACAUCGUUCUGUUUAAUUUGCUUUUCUGUGCUUCGUUUUAUUCUUGUAGGAAAUAUUUCAUGUUUGAAUUCCAAAAUGGGCUCAAUGUUGUUUUUUAUUUAUAGGAAAACAUCGUAUUCCUUUUUUAAUGAUGUCAUUGGAGCAAACUUGCAUUUAAGCCGACUAAAAGCUGCAGCUGCUACCUGGAUCAGGAAUCACUUAUUUUUAUAAAUAAACCCACCGGAUAACAGAAUAAAGAAAGUGGAUGAAUAAACAUUUGAGCAUGUUCUGAAUAAAUAUAACGGA